AUGGUGGAUCCGGCGGCGGAGCCGGGCGAGGAGAAAUGCACAGACCCAGGCGGCGCAGCUGGAGAUGGGGCGUCCCCGGCAGCAGCUGGCGAAGGGGCCCCGCGUCCGCCGCCGCCAACGCCCGCGGGGGAGCCGGGGAGACGCCGCGAGCAGUCCCCGCUGCUGCACUUGGACCUCUUCAACUUCGACUGUCCGGAGGCCGAGGGCAGCCGCUACGUGCUCACCAGCCCCCGCUCCCUGGAAGCGUGCGCUCGGUGUGCGGUCAAGCCGGUGGAGCUGCUGCCCAGGGCCCUGAGUGAGCUGGUGAAGGAGGCCCCGGGCAGGUCCAUGCGGGUGGCGGCCGGCCUGUACGAGGUCUACGAGAUGGACCGGCAGAGGAAGCUGCAGCAGUGCCGGGAGGAAAGAGAAAGGAUUAUCCGAGAGGAGAAGAGAAGGAUUUUCACUCCCCUCAUGCUAAGCAGCCUCCCUUCCUCCCCAGCUGCCAGGAUCUCCUUCAAAACCACCCCCAAUGGGAGCUGCGCCCUAGCCCCAAGGGCAGGGGCUCCUACUGGGACCAAGACCAAGAGCCACUCCCUGGACUCGCUGCAGAAACGGAGGGAGGGGUUCUCCACCAAAACCUCCUCUGAAUCAGGGGCAUCCUCGUCCUACAGCGGAGAAAGCUUUAGGGACAGGUGGCCCAAAGGGACCCCUCAGACUAGGACAGUGGCUGCCAUGAACUCUCUGGUGGGCAGAAGCUUCAGCCUGGGGGAUCUGAGCCACUCCCCACAGACCACAAAAAAAGUGGAGAAGAUCGUCAAGGAGGUGAAGAAGAAGAAAGGUCUCAAGGAGGUGCCCAAGAGGGACAGGAAGAUAGCCGCCCUGAUGAUAGCCAAGCACCAGGAGGAGAACAUCCUGAAUGAGCAGAGGUAUGCCGCCCACCUCCAGUGGGACAGCCAGCGGCGACGGGCCGAGCAGCAGAAGGAGCAGGAAGAGAAAGAGAAACAGAGGGCUCUACUGCAGUGCCAAAAGAUGUGGGAGUCCCAGGUCGAGAAGCGCCGUGGGAAGCUGACCCAAGGACAGAAGGAGGCUACCAUGAUGAAGCAGAGGCAGUGCCUGAUGUACGAAGAGAGGUGGAGGGAGCAGGCGGAGAAGCAAGACAGAAUGAAAAGGGAUAAGCUAGAGAGGACCAUUCUGGAAGACAAGCAGAAGAAGCUCCAUCAAGAGCACAACCUGAAGGUAAAGGAAGAAGACAAGAAAGAAUUCCUGGAACGAGAAGAACAGCUUUUGCAGGAGAAGCUGUCCACUGCUUCACAGAAGAAGCUGAAGAAGGAGCUGCAGCUGCAGAAGGAAAAGAAGUUGCUCAACCAAGCUGAGAAGCUGAAGCAUGAGGCCCUGUUCAAGGAACUGGUCAGGCAAGAGGCAGAGGAGAAAGAGAUGCUAAAGGCCUCCCUGGAGGUUAACCUGCACAAGGCCCAGGAGAACUAUGAGCACCUAAUUGAGAAGAGGACCCAAGAGCUAAGGGAGAAAGCUAAGCGGGAGGAGAUGCAAAUCCAGAGAGCCAAGCUGGCAGCCGAGAAGAAGGAGAGGGAGCAGAAGGAGCACUUGGAGGCCCUGGCCAAAGCGACAGAGAGGAAACUCCACCAUGCUGCCCAGGUGGCUGAGGAGGUGGUCCAACAGAAAGCGCGCAAGGUGGUCCUCAGCCGCCUGGAGAAGGAGAAGAUGCAGAAGGUAAACAAGCAGAAGGUGGAGCAGUACGAGGACUUCCGACGCAGGGAGAUCCUCCUGUCCAUUGAGAGGAAGCUGGAGAGGAGUGAGCAGAUCUUCAAGGAGAAGAAGACUGUCCUGGAAAAUGCCAGGUUGGUCGCCCGGGCAUCCUUCCACGUCCGGGAAAAGGUGCGUGAGGAAACAAACAUGCGCACCUUUGACAAGAUGGUCUCUGAGGCAGAAUUGCACGCCAGCCUGGAUAAAAAAUGA